UUGCAAGUGGGGGCGAUGAGUGGAGAGGCCAGGCAGGGAAGAUUCCAGAGUGGCUGGCCGGGACCAGUGUGCGGCUGUGUGGGCCUGGCAGGAGGAGGUGGAACUGGGCGGCUCACAGCGAGGGCAGGGGAGGCCCAUGUUGGCUCAGGUCUUUGUCCCCACCCGCCCCUCUCACCGCCCCCAGGCUGCGGCGUCCCCGCCAUCCAGCCCGUGCUGAGCGGCCUGUCCAGGAUCGUCAAUGGUGAGGACGCCAUCCCCGGCUCCUGGCCCUGGCAGGUGUCCCUGCAGGACAAGACCGGCUUCCACUUCUGCGGGGGCUCCCUCAUCAGCGAGGACUGGGUGGUCACCGCCGCCCACUGCGGGGUCAAGACAACUGACGUGGUGGUGGCCGGGGAGUUCGACCAGGGCUCCGACGAGGAGAACAUCCAGGUCCUGAAGAUUGCCCAGGUUUUCAAGAACCCCAAGUUCAACAUGCUUACGGUGCGCAACGACAUCACCCUGCUGAAGCUGGCCACGCCCGCCCAGUUCUCGCAGACCGUGUCCCCCGUGUGCCUGCCCAGCGCCCAGGACGACUUCCCCGCGGGCUCGCUGUGCGCCACCACGGGCUGGGGCAAGACCAAGUACAACGGUGUGUGCCGGGCGGGCUGCGCGGCGGCCGUGACCGGCGGGUUUUGGUCUGAAUCAGCCAAGGCGGAGACCUCCACGCCCUUGGUUCGGAAUCCUCCGAGCAAACUGGGGACGCGAGUGGCCAGCCUGGUCUGCCCGGCAGCCCCGAGCAGACGCGGAGGCCGACCAGAGCCCGGGCUGGACCUAGUCAGGGCCCCGGCAGUGCGGCCCAGGGCCCAGGGGCUGCCCGCUGCCCAAUCCCCAGCUAAGGCCAGAACCAAGAUCAUGGUGACUUGGCCACGGUCUCUGUGCCCACACUUGCCCUUCUCCUACCUCCCUGGACUCCACCAGGUCAGGGUGUCCUGGGGCCCUGGCACCCUUUCAGGCUUGGAGACAAAUGCUCUCUCCCCGCAGGGCGACUCCGGCGGCCCCCUGGUCUGCCAGAAGGAUGGAGCCUGGACCCUGGUGGGCAUCGUGUCCUGGGGCAGUGGCACCUGCUCCACGUCCACCCCUGCAGUGUACGCCCGUGUCACUGAGCUCAUGCCCUGGGUGCAGGAGAUCCUGGCCGCCAACUGAGCCUGCAGCUCCUACCACCCUCAAGAGCCCCCAUUAAAAGCAUGUGUUCAGAAGCA